CGAGACGCACCAGAGCUCAACAACAUCUGUAUAAAACUUUAGAGGGAGAAGAGUUUAUUCUUUUUCGUUUCUUUCUUAAAAAUAAAUCUAUUUUUUAAUUAGAGUAUGAACACAGCUUGUGUUUCUUCAUGGAUCUAGUGGAGCUUUAUCAGCCUGACUUCCUGGAUAUGAUGCCCAUCGAUGGACAUUGUCCCGCCUUCAUCAAAGCCGAGCCAGCGAGCCCUGCCUCCCUGAUGCAGCACAGUCCGGAAGGAUCGUCGUCGGACAGCUACGGCUCCGUAACAAGGCACGAUCAUGGGGGGGUGGCCUCGCUAGGUUCAUAUCAUAGCUCAGGGGCGGGACUUAGGCCCAGUUCGGUUCCUGAGCUGCAGGUGAAGAAUGAGUUUGAAGUGAGUUCGGGGCCCAAGCGCCUGUGUUUGGUGUGCGGAGACGUCGCGUCCGGGUUUCAUUACGGUGUGGCGUCCUGCGAGGCCUGUAAAGCCUUCUUCAAACGCACUAUUCAAGGCAGUAUUGAAUACACGUGUCCAGUGAGCAGCAAGUGUGAGAUUACUAAAAGGAGGAGGAAGUCCUGCCAGGCCUGUCGCUUCACCAAGUGCAUCUCAGUGGGCAUGCUGAGAGAGGGUGUGCGUCUAGACAGAGUCCGAGGAGGCCGUCAGAAAUACAAACGCACCAUAGACUCAGAAAGCAACUCUUACCUCAACAUGCAGUUACCACAAACACACAAGAAAACAUGCUCAGAGUCCUACAACACUGAGAACAAGGUGGUGUCUCACCUGUUGGGGGCGGAGCCAGAGAAGGUGUACGCUAUGCCUGACCCCGCCCUCCCUGAUGAUGACAUCAAAGCUUUGACCACGCUGUGUGAUCUCGCCGAUCGUGAACUGGUGCUUAACAUUGGCUGGGCCAAACACCUUCCAGGCUUCUCCAGUCUCUCUCUGCCAGACCAGAUGCGUCUCCUGCAGAGUGCGUGGAUGGAGAUCCUGAUCCUGCGUGUGGUCUUCCGUUCGCUGGAUGCUGAGGACAGCCUGGUGUUCGCCGAGGACUAUGUGAUGGACUCCGAGCAGGCGAAGCGAACCGGUUUACUUGAGCUCCAUGCAUCCAUACUGCAACUCGUCAGGAAGUACAGAACCAUGGGCCUCGAGAGGGAGGAGUUGGUCACGCUCAAGGCCAUUGCGCUCGCCAACUCAGACUCUAUGCAUAUCGAGGACACUGAGGCAGUUCAGAGGCUGCAGGACUGUGUGCAUGAAGCGCUACAGGACUACGAACGGUGUCGCCAUAGUGAUGACCCGCGGAGGGCGGGCAAACUGAUCAUGACCCUCCCCCUACUUCGGCAGACCUCGGCCAAGGCCGUGCAGUACUUCUGCAGCAUCAAACAGGAUGGCCGGGUGCCCAUGCACAAACUCUUCCUGGAGCUGCUGGAAGCCAACACUCAGCCCUCGCCCUGACUGGACCACAGCUUUUAGGUGACUCCACCCUCCCUGGAGCUCUUCACAAGGGCACAAUACUGAAUCAAAGAAUAAGAACGUAACUAAAGGUUAAUGGUAGAGGAACAAAGCUGAUUGUAUGCAUAAAAAUUAACGAUUUAUUGAAGAAACCACACUUGAGACUUGAGACACCAUGUUGCUGUUACUGCUGUGCUAAUUUAAGAUGACUUUUCUUUUUUUAAUGGUGCUUUAAUAUAAAGAUAAGGAGACAAAUGGGAUGUCAGACUUGCCAAAGAAAAGGGAACUCAUCUCCAAAGAGGAGAGCUUUCACGAACCUCAAAGCAGAAAACUUAUAAAACACUAAAAAAUGGUUCACAGUAAAGAUGUUAUUUAUGAGAAUGUAACAAGUAUCGGCAGGAGAAGGACAGGCGUUGCUGCUAAUCAGUGUAUUUGUUAGUAGUUCAUGAUUGAAAUUGACAUUAAGGAAUUGUAGGAUGAUUUGAGCUCCCUUGCUUUGUUUUGUAGUUUCAGAUCACGACUUACACUUGAGAUGGAUCUGUGAAGGUCAUGAGAUUUGAGCUCAUGACCUUCAGCUCACUAAGGGCCGUAUUCAGAGUUGGCGACUUAAGUCCAAACGUUGCAUCAAUAUUUACUGUAUAUGGUGAAAGUUACACGUAUUCAGACUCGGGUUACGCAGCAAUUGAAAUUGGGUGUUCUGGCUGUCCUACUGAGAUUAUGUAGAUCACCUAAACAAUCUGAGGUCACCAGGUUUUUUUUUUAGUAAUCGUGUCCGAGACAACGUUUUGCAUGGGGGAAGCCAUAGCCUAAUGGUUAGAGAAGCAGCUUUGGGACCAGUUUGGUUCCCUUGACCAGCAGGAAUGGCUGAAGUACCCUUGAGCAAGGCAUCUAACCUCCAACUGUGCCCCAGGCUGCUCUGAGUAUGUUGUACGUCGCUGUGGAUAAGAGUGUCUGUUAAAUGCUGGUAAUGUAACAUAACAGUGCCUUUAAAAACAAGCACUUGUCUUCCAAAGUUAGAAAGUCCACACUGAAAAAGGUUUUGUCUUUGCUGUCAAAUGUAAUAAGAUGCAAAACAUGAAAGAAAGCAAGAGACAAUCCAAAAAAUUGAUAAAUUAAAAAGACUAAUAUGAUGAGAAGAAGGCAAGCUUUGAAAUAAAAUUAAAGCUAGACUGCCUUUCAGAUUUUUCAAGUGUAGGUCAUCAAAAAUGUUUUCCCCGACACCCAAUUAUUUUUGUUUGCUGAAUUUGAAUCACAGACUUCCAAUUUUAUUAGAUUUUUUAAAAAAUAGAACGAUUAAUGAAUUUAGGGCCACAUGGCCCUAAAUUCUCUGCUAUUUUUUCCUGCUUCACCAUGACCCAAUUCAAGAUGCUAUGUCAUGCAUGACAUCACGUGGUGGGCUUUCCCCGUUUGCGCAAGGCAUUGUGGGAUACAAAUUUGAAACCGGAGAGAAAAAUGGAGGACAUGAGUGUGCGAAUGAAAUGUGAAAGACCAACUACAGUAACGGAAAGCGAGAAGAAAAGAUGUUAUGCUAUAUACGAAGGAAAGGAAACGCAGGACCAAACUAAUAAAUAUCGGCGCUCAGCGAGCACCUCGGUGUGAUCAGCUGUUCAUUUAGCAACAGAAUGAUGGAACUGUCAGUGCACGGUCAAAGGUAAACCUGUGUGUGCGCCAGGCCUGGAAUUUCAUCAUUUUAGGGCCAAGGCCACUUGGCCUUUUGUGCUGUCAAUUUUUUGAGGGCAUGAAGGCCAUAAAAUAAAACAACGAUUUUAAGUUCACGUCUAGAAUGAAUUUAAUUUAAGGACUAAUGACUCUUCUGAGGAAGAUUGGAGUCUCAGUCAAAACUAUCAAGCAGGUGAAGAAACAUCUCCUACACUAUUAUGUCUGAAGAUAAGAAAAUAUUGAACACAUCUAAACUUAUCAAUCCAUCACUCACUUCAAAAAUUUUAAAACUUAUUAAAGCAUGAAAGGUCGUAGAAUUAUUUGUUUUUACAGAAUUUAGCUAGAGCAAACGAUGUAUUUUCUGCAAAUUUUCAAAAAUGACGUUCGACUCAAAGCGACUUUGAUGAAAUUUCACUGUACCGUUUUCUCCGGGAUAUUUAAAUAUGUUGCUGACGUCGCCUGUAAAACAUUCAAGUACCCUCGGAAACUUCAGAAUCUGACGAUUUUGCCAGUCUUUUCAGCUUUUGGAUGAAAGUGUUUGUAAAUUCGAAUCAUUUAAAAAUAAGUAGUAUUUUGAGCCCGCCGGCGGGCUCUGGGAUCCAGAGGGUUAAAUAUAUGGCCUAAAUAUUUAUGGAGCAUGUAUGAUAAACUGAUUCCCUGAAUUUCACUUUUGGUGUGUUGUUAGGUAGCUAACAAACAAACUACAAUAUCUUGUUGCCUCUUGAAUCAUAAUUAAGCUACCACUCACCUCUUGAAAAAAGCGUCCAUUGUUUUGCAGUUUUUAGCUGCAUCUUCAAAGUUUUUUUUUACAGCACCUCUCCCUCCGCUCCUUGCUUAGCAUAAUUAUUACUGGGGGGUAAAUGAAUAAAAGUAAAUGUUAAUGUUGUAAUGACGCCAAAAACAAUGAGAUAAAAUCUCUUGCGAUGGUGAUCUCGUCAAGAUGGCAGCAGUUACACUUCGGUUAAACAGCAAAAAGAAACAUACAAUACUAGUAACAAAACAAUGCUAACUGCAUAGAUUAAAAAAGUGGCUAUGAACAGACAACAGCACAUAUCACAUAUCAUAUUACAGCAGGAACAAGCAGUAGUAACAUCCAUGACCUUACGCUUAAAGCUCGACAAAGGAAAAACUUGACAGCAAGCUAAUUAGCAUUUGUUAGCGGCUACAGUCGGUACUCGGCACGUUAAAAGUGGGUCAACGUUGUAACGACAUAAUGUUACUGUACAAGCAAUGCUUAUUUAACGGUAACAAACUUAAGCCCUAUAUGUUGAAAUUCCUAUCUUAUUCGUUUGUUAAUUUAUCACACAGUCUUACCUCAGUCAACUUCUUCCCUCCUUCUGUGAAAAUUCAACGUCUCAGACGCGGACACAAGUGGGCGGGGAUGCGUUUGAUUAAGUCUCCUGGUUGGCUGGUGAUAGAUUGAUGUCAUUAUAGCAUGUCGGAGCGGUUCAUGCCAGGCUCGAGUCCGAUCCACCACUGAUGAGUUGGCCAAUAAGAAUCCAGAAUGUCAUCAAAAGACGUAUUUUUUAUUCAAUAAACGCUGGUGAUGUUAAAGCCUAUUGGCAGUCACGAGGCAGACUACAAAACCGCAAAACCGCAGGGCAUCAAGGCCACUGUGGCCUUACGGCAGAUAUUUUUUUCCAAGGGCACAAGGCCAAAUUGAGAGGGCACAUCGUGUUCUUUCAUUUCCUUGAUAACGCUAACAGAUACUAAAUACUGAAAUUGUCACAUAUGUGCAGCAUUUAUGCAGGUCUACUAUUCGUUUACGUCGCUGUGCUAGUGUUUUGGUGAAUUCAAUGUGUGUUCCUAUUAAAAAAAAAAACAUGCCCAUGCUUUGAAGGAUACGCUGACCAAGCGAUUAUCUGCUACUUUUACAGCUCACCUUAAGUUAAUUAUCUUUAAGGUGAUGAAUUUCUCUGAUUAAGAUGUUGUUGUCUCUUCUGAUGACCUUGAGGAAAAAAAAUUUCAUGGACAUUAAGGGACAGUGCUAUGUAAGGAAUAAUACACGAUAGGGCAUGCUGUUAUAGGACAAUAAUUAACACUACAGUGUUAUGUUAUGAUGCUACAGUGCUGACAACUUUAUCUUACUUUAUUAAUGAACAACACAUUGCACUUUUUAAAGGGGAACUGAAGGCAAAUUUUUUAUUAUCAAAAUUUUAUUUCUUAUUUUAUUAAAUAUAGGAAUGCAUUUUUGAUCACUAUUGUGUCAUUGCUAUAGCAAGUUAUGAGUGUUUGAAAUAUGCUCUGUAAUAUAUCAGUCCAUAUGUCAAAACAAUGGCCGUAAACGAGAUUCGUUGAGGCCUGUGCGAGACAUCGUAGGAUGGAAGUAAAACGUACAGCGGAAAUCAAAGUGACUAACAUCUGCCAACGUUCCUUGUGUCUGAAAUCACUCACUCGUUCACUACUCCCUACUCUCUAUAUAGGGAAUUACUAUAUAGAGGAAAAAACACUUUCGGACACUAGUCCGUCACGCUGGUAUUUAUGUCAUUACUGUCGCACAAUUAAAACGUGUCAGAUCAGUCGGCUGGUGGGUUUUCAAAAUAAUAAAUACACGCAUGUGUUUUUGUGAUAAAUCCAUAUUAUACUGAGCGUAUUUCCCACAUUAAUCAAUACAAAGUUCCUGCAUCUUUCAGUUCUUUUAAAUCAAGGCUGAAUUCUUUCUUUCUUCUCUGCCGCUGCCUUUUAUUAAAUCGAAUUUGAGACUUUUAAUUUGAUUUCUUUCAGCACGACCGCAAUGCAUGAUGGGAUAUAUUGCUUUGGUUAGUGACCAUCGUUGUACACUACUUUUCAUGAUGCAUUGUGGGAUACUUUGAGUGCACUAUAUAGGGUGUAAAUAAUCCUCACUAAGGUUUCGGACAGCACUACAAAAUGGCGUCCUCACUAUAUAGUGCCCUAUAGUGAGUAGGGAGCGAUUUCAGACACAGGGGUUGUCAAAAGACGUGCACGCCCUCUUUCGAAUGCUGAUGUAAUCAAGCCGGAAGUUUUGUUUGUUUUGAUAGCAAUCAGGAAAGUUUGAAAAAAGUAAGCAGUAAUCGUCAUUUUAACUUGUUUUUGUGCAAUAUUUCGUUUGGAAAACAGUUUUCAAAAUGGCAGCACUGACACCUGGCUGACACGUCACGUUUCGAAGUCUCGCACAAGUCUCGUGAAGAUCGCACGGAUAAGCGGCACCUGCCGUGGACCAAAUGAACUAAAUUCAACAUGGCUAAAAACCAAAUAGGCCGAUAAGUAUAAUAUUUAAUUGCGAUUAGUUGCCAAUACGAGUCACGAUAUAAGGUUACUAAAACCGAAAACGUAAUUGAAUAACACGUUAAUUAAGAAAUAAAGCAAGUUUAAAAAUGACUUCAGUUCUCCUUUAAACGCUUAUAGUUACGUUUAAAGUCAUGGAAUUUUCAUGUGCUGUCACUCAACUCUGAAUACGGUCCUGACGCAGAAUCUUUAACAGGUGAGAUACGUCAUUAAAAGGCAGUGGUAACCUGAUUACUUGCUAUGAUGCGAAAGAUUGAGUACAUCUUAGAAAAAGGAAGGCAAAUAAAUGACACACAGUUUUAAUGUUUCUUCAUGUCCUCGGAAGUUUUUCAAGGUGAUCUUAAUGACAAACACGAAGCCGGAUAUCAGAAACGAAACAGAAUUAUUAACAUAUUAUGUUUCAGUUUUUAAACUGCAUUCAAAAGGACACAGUCAAUAAUAUUGUCAAGGGGCAACCACAAAUGUUGUAUGAUGGUAUUAAAAACUGUACUAAAAAUAACGCUUCUGGAAAAAUUCUAACUCAAACCAAGUCUUGUUUUGGGACACGAAUUGUUUUCGCAUUUGUACCAAGCUAACAGUAUUUGUUUGAAAUGUUGUUGGAUGUGUCAAUCCAAUAAUUGGACAUUUCACUGAUAAUAUUGCUGUUUUUUAUAGUCACUCUAUGCAUUUUUAUAGUAAUGAGAACAAACAGAAAUAAAAUCUGCCAGGUUAAAAAAAAGCCAGUUCAUUUGAAUGGGAUAAAGAGAUUCACUUGUCACUUAUGCACAGUUGCUUAUAAAUUGAACUAGCUAGCUAGCUAAUGUUAUCUGGUCAAUAAAUUUCAAAUCCUACCGCAAUCUGCAAUCACUUUGGAAUAACAACUUGGCCAAAAAAAGAGGCUUCUAAUGCUUCCUGCUGUGCUUUGACUUGCUUUAAAUUUCUUAACAUUAUCAAUUUUAAGCUACAUCCUUGCAGAGCUAGCUAGACUACUGAAGAAUUCUAAAAAACAAAUGAAAUGGACAGUAACUCUGCAAAAGUCUGAGGAACCCUAUGUUUUUUUUGAGAAACUUUCAUGUUAUACAGUGGUUACAGAACAGUGGUUAUACAGAAAGUUUGUGAAUCCUUUAGAAUUUUCUAUAUUUCUGCAUAAAUAUGGCCUAACACAUCAUCAGAUUUUCACACAAGUCCUAAAAGUAGAUAAAGAGAACCCAGUUAAACAAAUGAGACAAAAAUAUUAUACUUGGUCAUUUAUUUGUUGAGGAAAAUGAUCCAAUAUUACAUAUCUGUGACUGGCAAAAGUAUGUGAACCUUUGCUUUCAGUAUCUGGUGUGACCCCCUUGGGCAGCAAUAACUGCAACUAAACGUUUGCGGUAACUGUUGAUCAGUCCUGCACACCGGCUUGGAGGAAUUUUAGCCCAUUCCUCUGUACAGAACAGCUUCAACUCUGGGAUGUUGGUGGAUUUCCUCACAUGAACUGCUCGCUUCAGGUCCUUCCACAACAUUUCCAUUGGAUUAAGGUCAGGACUUUGACUUGGCCAAUUCAAAACAUUAACUUUAUUCUUCUUUAACCAUUCUUUGGUAGAACGACUUGUGUGCUUAGGGUCGUUGUCUUUCUGCAUGACCCACCUUCUCUGGAGAUUCAGUUUAUGGACAGAUGUCCUGACAUUUUCCUUUAGAAUUCGCUGGUAUAAUUCAGAAUUCAUUGUUCCAUCAAUUAUGGGAAGCUGUCCUGGCCUAGAUGCAUUAAAACAGGCCCAAACCAUGAUACUACCACCACCACCAUGUUUCACAGAUGGGAUAAGGUUCUUAUGCUGGAAUGCAGUGUUUUCCUUUCUCCAAUCAUAACGCUUCUCAUUUAAACCAAAAAGUUCUAUUUUGGUCUCAUCUGUUCACAAAACAUUUUUCCAAUAGCCUUCUGGCUUGUCCACUUGAUCUUUAGCAAACUGCAGACAAGCAGCAAUGUCCUUUUUGGAGAGCAGUGGCUUUCUCCUUGCAACCUUGCCAUGCACACCAUUGUUGUUCAGUGUUCUCCUGAUGGUGGACUCAUGAACAUUAACAUUAGCCAAUGUGAGAGAGGCCUUCAGUUGCUUAGAAGUUAUCCUGGAGUCCUUUGUGACCUCGCUGACUAUUACAUGCCUUGCUCUUGGAGUGAUUUUUGUUGGUCAACCGCUCCUGGGGAGGGUAACAGUGGUCUUGAAUUUCCUCCAUUUGUACACAAUCUGUCUGACUGUGGAUUGGUGGAGUCCAAACUCUUUAGAGAUGGUUUUGUAACCUUUUCCAGCCUGAUGAGCAUCAACAACGCUUUUUCUGAGGUCCUCAGAAAUCUCCUUUGUUCAUGCCAUGAUACACUUCCACAAACGUGUUGUGAGGAUCAGACUUUGAUAGAUCCCUGUUCUUUAAAUAAAACAGGGUGCCCACUCACACCUGAUUGUCAUCCCAUUGAUUGAAAACACCUGACUCUAAUUUCACCUUCAAAUUAACUGCUAAUUCUAGAGGUUCACAUAUUUUUGCCAC